AAGUUUUCAAAGUGGACAACCCAUGGAGUAUGAAGAAAUAAUCGAGAUGGCUGAUAGAGAACAAUCCUUAGUCUACACAAAUAAAAGAGAACUCAAAAUUGCUUCUAUCUUCAGGAGUUCGUGUUGAUUGGGGUAGAAGGUGGUUUUCCUUGAGCAAGAACGAACACAACUGUGAGAUGAUUUCUGCAUCAGAGUUCUCGUUCCAAGAUCCUGGAACUGUGGAGUGGAUUCCUUACUCUGCAUCGAGGUUUUCUGAGGUAGCUAAGAUUGAAGGAACACAUAAUUUGCAGAUAGAGGUUGAUAUAGAAACGAUUUUAUUGUCACCAGGAAUCACAUACGCAGCAUACUUGGUGUUCAAAUUUUUUCAUAGAUUUAAUGAUGUUUCACAUUUAAACGAAUCAUCAGAGAUCACGUCUUCUCAACCGACAUUUGUUGGUUUACAAUACAAAUUUAAAGACGCAGAUGAAUCAUCAUUCUCCCACUUUGCAGACUGGACCGAAAAUGGGUGGAUGAUGAUUGAACUGUGCCAGUUUGUUAGUUAUGGAAAAGUCGCAAAGCUUGAGCUUUUGCUCGAAGGAAUUCCUAGUUAUAACAUCAUGUUACUCGAAGGCAUCCAGUUCUUGCCUGUCGAGAUGCAGGCUAUAGAAGAAGAACCAGUAGUAGUAGUAGCAGACAAUUCAAAUACAAACUGGGAACAAAAACUACCAACCGACUAUCAGUACAUAAUCAAAUCAGCAAAGGAUCGUGUUCCAUACAACAUUACUAACAAGGAAAUCUACAUGCUUCUUUCAAACGGGAUUCUUACCAACAGAGGCCAAAUGUUGUUUUCUCUUGAUAAAGAUGGAAUCAAAUGCUGUAUGGCAUCAGCAAGAGCAGUUUUAGAAGACUGCGAUGAGGAAUCCAGAAGGUUCUCACAGCUUGCGUGUCUUCGUUGGAUAUCUGUACAUGAAUCAAGAUUCGAGAAGGUGGCUGAAUGUGAAUCAGGCAGGGUUUUACGUAUAAACUGCCAUAUCAACUUCCAUAUGGUAUCAUUAAACACGCCCUACGCAACUUACCUUGUGUACAAAUUGCCAGACGUUAGACAGGGGACACUUGAGUGUCCUGUAGAUGUAAGGGAUAUCAACAGAGACUCUCCGAAUUUCAGUGAAGUUGGUUUGAUCUAUUUAACCAGCCCAACAAUCCUGUUCAUCAUGCUGACAGAUGGUGAUCAAGAUAGUAAUCAAAGACAAAACAAGAACCCAUUGUAUAGACCCAAAAUAGACAGCCUCCCGAGACUAAGGAAAGAUGGGUGGAUGGAAGUUGAGAUAUCUCAAUUUAAAGCAGAUACUCCUACUUCUCUCAACUUAGCAUUUGAAUUUACCUUUAACGAACGGGAGCAACUUACAGGGCUUAUCAUUCAAGGAUUUGAGAUCAGACCAAAAUAAAUUCUACUUGUGAAAUCAGAUCUACUUGGAUAGCUAUUCCUAAACAAUUUCCUAUCUAUUACAUGAUCACUUCUUAGAUGUUGAGAGGGUGUUUGUGUUCUUAGAUCUUGAGAGGGUGUUUGUGUUAAUCAAAUUUAAUUUGUAAAAAAUUCAACAUUACAAAUAAGAAAUAACAAUGAUGAUGAUUUGUGACGAA